CACACCGCUAAGCUGUGAGGGCAAACACGCGUGUGUUUUACACGUACUUUCUUUCUUUUUUCUCCCAAAGGAGCGUGAGGGGAUUUCACUGCGAUCCUUCUGCUGCUGCUGCUGUCUGGAUUCUCACAGAGCAAACCUUGAAAGACAUGAUGUGGACAAACAUCAGCGGGACACGGUGGCGUCAUGUAGCGGGACACAGUCGCAGCAGUGGGUAGGGCUAUGUGUGGAAAUGAACGAGCGUUAAUAAAACGGUCUGAUCUUCUCUGCCUGUGGCUGCCGAUCACAACAUGGACGCUGAAUGUUGACGGUCAACGCACGUUUUUAUCAUAUGUUAGUGGCUUGUUAUUUUUGAGCGGGAAUGAGCGGGAAGUGACAAUGAAUGACAUCACAUCACUUGACAAUUUGCGCACAUGUCGCCAUUUCAUCGAUCCGAAAUUCAUCGAAUUUGUUUGUGUUUGUUUGUGGCGUCGUUUCCGCUUUGAACUCCGUGGAUGUGAAAGGAUGUCACCUGCUAAUCUGCUGUUAUGAUUUUUUAUCGCAUAUAGAGGACGGUGUUUUGUGGAUUGUUUUUGGUUUUUAUUUUCUUUUUUGAGUCAAAUAUUAUUCCACAUGAAUUGAAGCACGGGCUACUUAAAUUACACCUGAAUGUAUCCUGUAUAUAAGAAAAACAACAAAAUACGUGUUUAUUCACUCUUCAUCUCCAGUUUGUUGCCAGCUGAUCUCAAGACAUGAUUUACUUUUUAUUUAUAUGAAAUCAAACAGCAGGAAAAUAGCCACUUGUUACCUUUUUUUCUUUUCUUUUUUUAUCUGUAAAAGGAAAUGCCAUUUGUCUACAUCCUAAAAAGGUAAUGACUAUUUUUUAAGCUUUACCAAUCUCAUCUUCAAAGAGGUGAGGCCCACUGAGGAGGAGGAGGAGGAGGAGGAGGAUCGUUUUUAGAUUCAACAUUCCAUGCCUGACAAGGAAUGUCUGCAUUAUAUCCAUAUCUGUUGUCAAGAAUGGCUGAGGUGCCGCUCACUGACAGACUCUCCACUGCUUCGGCCAGUGGAAACCUACAUGAACUCUUGCUUUUACUGGAAAAUGGAGCAGAUGUCAAUGGGCUGAACACAUUUGGGAGAACUCCACUACAGGUGGUGAAGUUGAGCUGCGACCACGUGAUUCAGGCUCUUCUCGAGGCGGGUGCAAACCCCGACGUGCGCGACCCGGUCUGUGGCCUCACCGUCACCCACGACGCGGCGCGCGAUGGAUGGAUCGAUGCCGUGCGCUUGCUGAUAGACCACAAAGCAGAUCCGAACAUGGUGGAUGAUCGCGGUAACCUGCCCCUGCACCUGGCCGCCUCACGGGGUCAUCUGAGGGUGGUGCAACUGCUGAUGGGACACACGCAGAACCCGCACACCCGCAACAACGAGGGGCGCACCGCCGCACUGGAGGCGCUCUUCCAUGGGAAGAUGGACACUGCCAAAUACAUCGACGAGUAUCUGAACCCUGCGCAUUAGAGGAUAUGAAGGAGGAAGAAGAAAAAGACUGAAGCCUCUUUGUUUUUGAGCCUUGAUUGGCUGAAACCUUCCUGCUAUUCUGUGUUUCUGCCCACUCUUUUUUUAUAUAUACACUGGUCCUUUAUUAUUUGUAUUUUAUCUAAAAUCCCUUAUUUUUUUAUGAUUCUGAAUUGACCUUUACACACUAAUCUUUAUUUUCAUCUGGAGACAAAAGUGAUCGAGAACAGCUGCCAUAUACUCUGACACACUUAUACAUUCCAUUACAACAUUUUGGUGUAAACACCACUACAUUGUCCUUUUGCAAUGUCAAUAUUAUAGCACAAUUUAAAUGGCAAUGUCAGUUAUACAACUGAAUGUGUUUGGAUUACAUUUGCUACACGUGUGUCCAACAGUCAAAUCAGCAUCACACAUAUAUAUUGCAUGAUGCCUCUGCCCGAGGCUGAACAAUCUGACAUACAAGCCCGACACAAUCAUGUAUGUAUGUAACUAUUUUAUACUCUAAAGCAGUGGUUCUCAAACUUUUUAUUCCAAGUACCACAUGAGAAAA